AAAUGGUUUUGUUUCUGUCUCGCACCUGACCGUUGUACAGCAAUUAGUUAAAGAAGACUAAGCAUUUCAGGAAGGCGUGUACUUUAAAUUAUUAAUUGCGACAGCUUAUCGACAUCUGUCUGCUCAAAACGUCCAGUUGCCGACGUACGCCUGACGUUCCUCCGGAGCUGCAGUGAACAGCCCAGCUGUGUCAAAAUUGAAUUAGUUUACGGGUCCCUACAGCAGUAUUUUAAGUUUGUAGUUACAAAAAUACAAUACUGCUCCUCAAGCUGGACAAGAACCCGACGUUUCCAUGGCACCACCAAGAAAGAAUGUGUUACCGAAACCACUCCCAGAUGGCUUCAUACUGACAGACACUGAGAAAAAGAAAUGGAGGCUGGGGAAAAUCAUUGGUGAAGGUGGCUUUGGACUAAUCUAUCUUGCCUCCCAGGAUGUGGGCAGACCUGUUGCAGGAGACACUGACUUUGUCAUAAAAGUGGAAUACCAGGAGAAUGGUCCCCUGUUCUCGGAGCUCAAGUUCUACCAAAGGGCAGCCAAGCCAGAGAGCAUUCAAAAGUGGAUGAGAAGCAGGAAGCUGGACUUCCUGGGUAUCCCGACCUACUGGGGAUCAGGACUCGCAGAAUAUAAAGACCUCAGGUAUCGUUUCAUGGCCAUGGACAGGCUGGGCUGCGACCUUCAGAAAGUCUGUGAGCACAAUGGGGGUCGACUGAAAAAGGCCACUGUGCUUCAGCUCGGUCAAAAACUGGUGGAUAUACUGGAGUAUAUCCAUGAGAAUGAGUACGUCCACGGAGAUAUUAAAGCUGCGAACCUCAUGCAGGGUUACAGAGACCCUGAAAAGAUCUACCUAGCAGACUAUGGGCUGUCCUACAGAUACUGUCCUGAUGGAGUCCACAAAGAAUACAAGGAAAACCCCAAGAAGGGCCACAAUGGAACCAUCGAGUACACCAGCGUCGAUGCCCACAAAGGAGUUGCCGCAUCUAGACGUGGUGACCUCCAGAUUUUAGGUUUUUGUCUUCUUCACUGGCUGUGUGGGUCACUUCCUUGGGACAGUGUGCUCAAGAACUCAGUUCAUGUCCAGGAGGCCAAGACCAGACUGAUGGAUAAGCUGCCACACUCAGUCCAGCAGCUGUCAGCGAGCAGAGCCAGCACAGAUGAGGUGGCUGAAUUCCUCUGUUACGUGAAAACUCUGGACUAUGAAGAUAAGCCAGACUACCAGCUUCUCAAAAGCCUGUUGGGCGGUGAUGUCAGGGGCAGACUUGACUUCUCCAUGCCUCAAGGAUCUGCAGGGGAGCCAUCCACCAAAGAAGUAGAUCCUCGUACCAGAGAAAAGCAGAAAGCAGGACGAGCCAAAGGAUCCUCCAAAGCCAAGCCUCUGGCUCCAGAGAUGGAUGAAGAGGUACAGGAGCGUGUGAAGUCCAAACCAGUGCCAGCUCAUUACAUAAGGGGACCAGUCCCCACUAAGGCUGAGUCACAGAAGGAAAACGGUUUGCCUGCUGCCAGAUCACUGAGGCCGAGGCCUGGACCUCCGCAGACUUACAGAGAGGACAGUGAAGAUGAGGAUGAGGAUGAGGAUGAAGAUAAUUCCAGACCCAGACCCAUUUCUGCACGCUAUCUCAGAGGCCCCCCAAUAGGCCCCAGAACUCAGUCUAAACAGAAAAUCAGGAAAAGAGACAGUCUGACUGUGACCUCAGCAAGACAGGAACGAGGAAGCCACCCACAGAGGAGUACAACCCCACCGGACUGUGACCGCGAGAGCCAAACACACAUGGACCGCAGGGAAAGAUGGGAUGAAAGGCUACACAACCAUGGAGAAGAGACAGAGCUCCCUUAUAACCACAGAGGCAGCUUUGGUGACUGGGAAAGGUCUGCUCUCAGACGUCCAGAGCAGGAAGCUGGUCCCACACAGAGGAAAGGACAGUGGCUCCGGUAUGUCUUUGUAGGUGUCUUCUUUAUUUUGUUUUUAGCAGUUGUCCAAAAUAAAUUUAAACGCUUUUGAUCAGUUAAACUAAAUUCCGAGCAGGCAAUUUUACUACUGUCGUCUUAAGAUAUUCCUCAAAGCGGAGACGGACGUGACGCCCCUCAGGACUUGUGGGUUGACAUUUUCACAGUAACAGGCUGCAACAGAAGGAGAAGCCUCAGUUUAUUCUGAUGAUUAAAUUGCUUUUCUAGUUACAUGUGGUGUGAAAGCUCACUUUAUAAAAAAAAAAAAAAAAAAAAAAAUGAAAUGGG